UGAUCUUGUUUCAAUUGAUUUUUUAUCGAUUGUAAUCUGUUGACUAGUGAUUGUAUGGAAAAUGGGUAUUGACGUGAAGGAAACAUGCGCAAUAUUAUGGAAAGUUAUUGGAUUCUCGAUGAGCACAAGCAUCAAAUUCAUGAGAAACCACCCAAUCUUGUCUCUGGUUUCCAUGUUCUUACUCGCGUUAUACAUUCUCCUCCCCUCCUUAUUAUUCUUCUUGAUAUACUCGUCGCCGGUUCUUGCAUGUGUUGUAGUGUACGCCCGAGAGAAACUGGGAUUGAGAUUUUCCGGUUCCUCUUCGGGGCCAGAGAGUUGUCAAGGAGAAAAGAAAGGUGGUAGAUGUCACUUAAGACAACAAAGAAGUGUCCGAAGAAACGCUCGAAUGAAGGUUGAGGAAUGGGAUUCACAAACAAGCGACGAAGAGAAGGACAAAGUUAUCUUGACCUCUCUCUACAACGAUCUCCUCGGACGUACACCACAAUUCGAGGAGUCUCCAAAAGCAAUAGAAACCAACGUAGUAGAAGAAGAGAAAGAUAAGGCUUUUGCUGAAGAAGAUUCAAGAAUGUCUUCUCAAGAUUUGGGUUAUCUUAACGUUGAAGAAGAGCCAAUGGUAUGCAACUGUGAGGACAAUGAAGAGAAGAAACAUGAUGAUGGUAAAGAAGAGAUCAUGAGCAAUGUGAACGAACAUGGGAUCUCAGAGGUUGAGAGAAACAAGAGACUAGAGAGUCUAAUCGCUAGAAGAAGGACAAGACGACUCUUUAAACUAGCUUUAGAUCAACAUAAUAAGCUUCAAGCUGAAGAGACAACCAGCCCUACACAGAACAACAACCUUCAUAUUACGGUUCCGAGGAACAAUAACAACAACAGUUUUGAAAAGCGUCGAAGCUAUCAAUCAGGUUUGCAAGUUCCAGGGUCAGCGCCUUCUGUGAUGCUACAAGCGAGAAGCCCUUUCGAUAUUCCUUAUGAUCCUCAAGAGGAAAGACCUAAUCUAACUGGAGAUAGCUUUGAUCAAGAGUUUUCAUUUUUUAACCCUAAUGAUAUGUUCCUUUGUCGUCAUGAGAGUUUCUGCCGUUUUGCUCAUUUUUCUCCAGAACAUGCUCAGUGUAUGAACAGCCCAGUUCCUGCUUCAGACAUUUCCACUACUAGGAAACUUUUAGAUUUGGACAAUGAGUAUAUGGAUCAUAAUGAACAAAACAUCUCAUGCUACGUCAAACAAGUCACAACAAAGGAUGAUGAUAAAAGCGUUGAGAGCGGGAAAAAUGGAGACGUGGAAGUUAAUCAUGAGACAGAUACAAGUGAAGAAGAUGAUGAUACUUCAAGUUGUUCAGAAGAAAGUGAGGCAGAACUCAACCGUUUCAACAAAGCAGAGCUCAGAGAAGCUAUAAGCCACUCGAUGGAUAAGUUUCCUGGGUUUCUUGUGAAUCAAGCAAGAAACGACAUCCCAAGCCCAUUACCUAGAGGCUUAUUAGCGCCAAGACUCGAUGAUAACAACAUGUUUUAUGCUCGCAGAGGCGCAAGUUCUCACAACCGAACAUUCUCCAUUGCCUCAGAUAUGCAAGUUGAGGUUUCAGAGCUUGGUUCACCUCCUACGACGGUUGAUUGGCUUGAUGACUGGUCUAACGGUGGAGAAUCAUACACGUAUGAUACUGAUAUUGAUAGAGAAAUCAUCCGCGGUGAAGAAUCACGUAAGAGGAUCUCUCAACAAUGUGAAUCAAGAAGUGGAACUGGAACAAAAGAGGAUGAUAAUGGGCUAGUGACUAAACCAUAUCAGAAAUGUUUGUCAGAUGAACACCUUAGGACCGCUGAUGAGAUGUCUUUGAUAGAUAGAAGAAGCCAAACCAGAGAGAAUUUUGAGAUGAGACCUUCUCGUUCAAGUGAUGUGCCCAAGUCUAGAAGCUAUGGAAAAUUAGAUGGUUUGUUGUUCCAUACGAGUGUUUCCUUGUCUUCUAUAACAGAAGAACCUGAAACAAUCUUGGACUCGGUCGACGUGGGAAACAAGGUAUCUCUAACUUCUGGGGAUUCAUCCAUGAAGAACUUGACUGAUGAGGAAGUUGUUGGUGUUAGUGGACCUCCAAAGAUUAUGGAUUUAAGUAGCAUUGGUCACCAACAGAAGGAUAAGAUCUUGAAUAGCAUUCAAGGAGAACAUGAUACAGAUAUUCAUAUGAAGGAGCAUGAGAACGAAAAACCAAAGGAAUGUGAGGCAGCUCAGAGCAUCUUGGAUGCUUCUUUGGACGCUACCUAUGUAGAAUCUUUUGGAAGAGAGAUAAAAGAUGAAGAAGAGCCAGACUUGGAUAAAUCUACAAAGGAGGUAACACAACAAAGAGAAGAUAAGACACUUCAAGGUGACUUGAUGGGAUUUUGGACAAAAAAAAAAGGUGACUUGAUGGGUUCUCCGAAAUUACAAGAAAGUGAAGUCAUGGAAGAGAAUGGUCAGGAGUUAGUGAAAAAUUCUGAUGAGAAUGUAAAGCCAAUGGAGCAAGAGGAAACUCAUGACGUCUUGGACGCAUCUUUAAUCCAUCCUUGCACACAAUUGUCUGAAGAAUAUGGUAAUGCAAAAAAUGAUAGUGAUGUGAUACUUAUACAAGUUCAGGAUGGUAAUAACUCAACAUUGGAUGACUCAACUGAUCAGCAAUUCUCUAAAGAAGGAGAAAGUUCAGGGUUAUUGAAAGAAUCGACCCAAGAAAGCAACAAUAUAGUUAACAUUGAGGAAGAAUCAAUAGGUUUAGAAGACGCUCCUAAUUCACAACCAUGGACUCAACAGCAAGGUACAUAUUCUUCCCAAAAACCGGAGCAUGACGAGAUUAUCUCUCAAGAUAUUGCUAAAGAUAUGGAGUAUGAAAACACAAAACCAAUGGAAUAUGAGGCAGAUCAGAGCGUCUUGAAUUCUUCUUUAGACACUCCAUGUGUAGACUCAUUUGAAAGAGAAAUGAAAGAAGAAGAAGAACCAAACUUAGAUAAUUUCACAAUGGAUGUAACAGAACAAAUAGAAGGUAAGGCACUUCAAGGUGACCUGACGAGUUCUCAUUUUCUUACAAAUUUACAAGAAAGUGAGGUCGUGGAAGAGAAUGAUCCGAAAUUAGUCAAAAAAUCUGAUAAGAGUGCAAAGCUAGUGAAACAAGAGAAAACUCAUGACGUUUUAGAAGCAUCUUCAAUCCCUCCUUAUACACAAUUGAUUGAAGGCCACGAAAAUGCAAAAAAUGAUUGUGAUGUGACACUUCUGAAAGUUCAAGACGGUAAUCACUCAACAUUGGAUGAGUCAACUGAUCAGAAGUUCUCUAAGGAAGGAGAAAAUUCAGGGUUAUUGAAAGAUCUUCAUGCUGAACCGACCCAAGAAUACAAUAAUAUAGUGAAUGUUAAGGAAGAAUUAAUAGAUUUAGAAGACGCUCAUGAUUCACAAGGUUCACAACCAUGGACACAACAGAACGGUACAGAUUCUUCCGAAAUAAUAUCACCAAGAACAUCGGAGAUCACCCAAAGACCAGAGCAUGACGUCUCUCAUGAUACUGCUAAAGAUAAAGUUGCUACAGAAGCUAAAGACUCAACUGAUACUCAGAAGAAUGUUGAAGAGAAUCUGAAACAUGAGCAAGUUAUAGAAGAAGAUGUGGAAAAGGAAUUGCUUACUUUACAAGCAUUGCACCAUAACACUGGUUUAACGGCUAGGGAAGACGAUGAAGAAUCCAAGAAAGUGGUUGAAGCAGUGCACAAUUCAGAGACCAAAACAUCAAAGACGGAAACAGAUCCUUAGGCUAGUGUUUUAAAUCAUAAAUGGGGAUUUUAUACAUAAAUUAUUGAAGGAUAAAUCAUAG